CUUUUUAGCAAAGAGAAUAUAGGCAAGUGGUUCUUAAACUAGUCACUGAUAGCUAGAGUGAUGGUUAUGCUUGUCUCUUGAUAUCUUCACCUAGAAAUACAGUUAGCUAUCUUCUCCAUCUUCAUACUCGUCUUCAAAGUUUAUGUAAAAACUAUAUAAAUAAGGAAGAACAAGCAAAACUGUUUAAGAAACACAAAUUUAAGGAAAAGGAAGAGAUGAGAGACCAAUGUGCAAGACUGCAUCUUGUUUUUGCAUUUCAGUUUCAUCUAUCAAUGCUAGUGAUUCUCCCUGCACUCAGUUUGGCUCACUCAAAAUGUGUUCUCUUUAAUUUUGGGGAUUCAAACUCUGACCCAGGAGCUCUAAUGACUGCUCUUGGCCUCUAUCUAGGUCCUCCGUCUGGUCAACAGUUCUUCCACAAGCCCACUGGUCGCUUCUGCAAUGGUCGACUAUACAUUGAUUUCAUUUGUCAGAACUUGAAGAUAGAUCUUCUGAGCGCAUACCUAGAAUCUUCGGGAUCAGAUUUUACUCAUGGUGUAAACUUUGCUGUAUCUGGUGCUUCUACUGAAGUUAGUUUAUACAACCCCUUCUCACUUUCCACUCAGGCAGGCCAAUUUGGCCACUUCCAGAAUCGUACAAGAGAGCUCAGGAGAAGAGGUAAGGGAUCGAUGAUGAGUGAAAAGGAGUUCAGGAAUGCUGUUUAUUCAAUCGACAUUGGGCAGAACGAUAUUAACCUUGCUCUUGUGGCGAACUCUAGUUAUCAACAAGUUGUCAACAAAAUUCCAAUCAUCCUUGAGAGGAUUGAAAAUUCUACCAAGGCGUUAUACAAACUUGGUGGUAGAAAGUUUUGGAUAUACAAUACCGGGCCAUUAGGGUGCUUACCACAAACUCUAGCAUUGCGAAAGAAGAAUGAGAGUGAACUAGAUGAAUUGGGGUGCUUGGCACUUUAUAACAAUGGUGCAAAGGCUUUCAAUGACGGGUUAAGUAACCUCUGUAGUAAAAUAAGAUCCGAACUCAAGGAUGCUUUGAUCGUGCAUAUUGAUAUGUAUGCUAUAAAAUAUGAUCUAUUUGCAAAUCCAGGGACAUAUGGAUUUGAAAAGCCAUUAAUGGCUUGCUGUGGCAAUGGAGGACCUCCCUAUAACUAUGUAAACAAGAAGACUUGUGGUGAACCAACAGCAAGUGCUUGUGUUGAUCCGUCUGGUUCAGUGAGCUGGGAUGGAGUUCAUUACACUGAGGCAGCCAAUGCUGUUAUUGCUUCUAAGAUAACGUCAGGAGACUACUCUACGCCAUUCUUUAGCCUGAAAAGUUUCUGCAAGAAAAAGCUUGUUUAGGCCACAUGUUGGAACUCCUCAUUGAAAUACAGGAGGCUAGAGGUGUAUGAUUAUAAUUUAUAUGACUGACCAUGAACAUUUUACUGGAACUGCAAAUCUGUAGUCUGUAGAGCUUGUUGCAGAACCAGAAAUGGUUUAUUAGGGAGGGAAAUAUCGAAAUUGUAGACGGUUUUCGUUGCAAAUUCUACAAAACACCGUCUAAGGCCUAACUUACACUUCGAGAUACAAUUUACUUUUUUUUACCAAUCUAAUAAAACUGAAGAGUAAAAAAAAACUCAAAAGCCAAUUAUUGUUAUCAAAAUGUAUC